CAUUAGUUGAAAGUGUCAAAAAGGAGAAGAAGAAGUAGAGUGCAAUUUUUUUUUACUGAUAAAGUGACAAAGAAAAGCAAACAAUUAUAAUUAAUAACAAAUUGAUAAGAUUUAACUAAAUAAAAAUAGCAUAAACAAUUAUCACACAAGUGAGAAAAUCACAAAAAGUUAAUAAAAACAAGAAAGGAAAAUGUUGAAAUUUAUAAAGAAAUCAUUGAUGAGUCUUUACAUGCAGUAUGAAUUGGUGACCUGCAUUUACAUGUUCGAGCCAUGGGAAAAGAAAUUAAUAAACAGUUUUGUGGCCUUAAUAUUGGCUUUGGUACUCUUCUCGAGUUACGUUUAUUUGCCUUCGUAUAUCCAGACAUUUUUGCAAUUUGUUACACCACUGCCGUUGCAACAACAAAAUAAAGUGGCAACAGCCUCUUCAUAUGCAACGCCCAUAUUACAAGCCGAUAAGAUAAGUAUAAGUUAAGUUAUUACUUAUUUUUUUUUUAACUUACUCCCAAAAUAUUUACAACAUAUUCUUACCAUUUACAACAAAUAAUUUAGAAAAAGGAAAUACCUAUAAUUUGUAAGAAUUUUUAGUGCAAUGUCUAACCAUAGAUGAUAUCUACAUAUUUAUUACAUAUAAAUUUUCUACGAAUUUGUUAAAUUCUAUCUGCCUAGUUAAUAUUUAAAUAAUACCCUGAAAUUUUGCUGUUUUUAUUAGUUUCUAUUUUGAUUUUUUUUAUUAAAAACGCACAAUAAGUUUGUUGUACCAUAAAA